UUAUAACAUAUUCUAUAACACAUAGUUGUGAGCAAGCUCUCUGAUUGGUCAAUAGGCGUGUUUGAUUCCACGAUCAAAGAACGGUCAAAUAGAACGUGCCUUUUCACAACAAGUCAGUAUCCCUCCGCGUCUGAGAAAAACGGUAUACCCUUGGCCAUACACUUUCGAACUGGAACAAGAAAGCAGCGGAGAAGUAACGGGGCAGAAACCCUCCUUUUUACGUUACGAAACAAACUUCCAAACAUAAUAUGGAAACAUUUAAGAUUAACUUCAACCUCCGGGGGGGGUCUUACUGUGGAGGACUGGAUUGAGGAGUGCCUAGAAAAAAAAGCACCUAAACGACAACAUGCAGAGCUACGUGAAGAGCAGGUGUUACUGAUGGGGAAAAGUGGUUCCGGGAAGACGAGUAUGAGAUCCAUCAUAUUUGCAAAUUACAUAGCUCGAGAUACACGCCGCCUCGGAGCUACAAUUGACGUGGAGCACUCCCAUGUACGGUUUCUUGGCAAUCUGGUUUUGAACCUUUGGGACUGUGGAGGACAGGACACAUUCAUGGAGAACUACUUCACCAGCCAGAGAGACAACAUCUUCAGAAAUGUAGAGGUGCUUAUUUAUGUUUUUGACGUGGAGAGCCGUGAGCUGGAGAAAGACAUGCACUACUACCAGUCGUGUCUGGAAGCCAUCCUGCAAAACUCCCCCGACGCUAAAGUGUUCUGCCUCGUCCACAAAAUGGAUCUGGUACAGGAAGACCAGAGAGAUCUGAUCUUUAAGGAGCGUGAAGAAGACCUGAAGAGGCUGUCCAGACCUCUGGCCUGCACGUGCUUCAGGACAUCAAUCUGGGACGAAACCCUGUAUAAGGCCUGGUCCAGCAUUGUAUACCAGCUCAUACCCAACGUCCAGCAGCUGGAGACAAACCUGAGAAACUUUGCACAGAUCAUAGAAGCUGAUGAAGUGCUUCUAUUUGAGAGAGCCACCUUCCUGGUGAUCUCCCACUACCAGUGCAAAGAGCAGCGCGAUGCCCACCGGUUCGAGAAGAUCAGUAACAUUAUCAAACAGUUCAAACUCAGCUGUAGUAAACUUGCAGCCUCUUUCCAAAGCAUGGAAGUGAGGAACUCCAACUUUGCGGCAUUCAUUGACGUCUUCACCUCCAACACAUAUGUCAUGGUCAUCAUGUCCGACCCCUCCAUUCCAUCUGCAGCCACUCUCAUCAAUAUCCGUAAUGCUAGGAAACAUUUUGAGAAGUUGGAGCGGGUGGAUGGACCCAAGCACAGCCUGCACAUGCGGAUGCGCUAACCGGUGCGCUUUGUCCCGGUGGAUACUCUCAGCCAAUCAGUCGUCAGAAAGACCGCAACGCGCCGUGUGCCGUCUUCUAGCUCCGAAACACACGAGCAGCCCUGCACUGUUUCCUCUAUAUCUUCACAUUCAAUCAGUUAUUACUGGAGAAAUCAUGUUUUCUUUUUUGGCCUAAUUUCUUAAGUGAUAAGUAUUCUGUUGGAUAUAAUUGCCCUAACCCGACGCAUUAAAGUAAAAGGAAUUGUUUUCUUUAAAAGAGGGGGGGGAGGGGCUACCUUUGCUGGCACACUUUGUCUUAUCAUGCAGUAGAUUGAUUCACUCCUUCAGGUGAAUCCCAGUGAUUGGGAGAUGUUAUCUCCAAAUGUUCAUGUUUAAUUUUCAAAUGCAGUUUGUAAGCUGUUACACUUUGAAAGUACAAACAAUAUAGUUAUAUACUGAAACAAAUCCUAA